AUGGGCCAGACAGUUCUGCUUGUGAUGCUGCUCAGCAGCUCACUGUUGGUUAAGCCACUGCAGGCAGAUCCAGCUAUUGUAGAGAAUUCUGAAAAUGUGGAUAUCUACACCCGAAUUGCUGCAGUUAAUAAAGGCAACCUUGUGAUGCUAAGAGAGCUGGACAUCAGGAGGGUAAUCAACAGAAAUGCAAUGAAGUGUUUCGACUCUAGCACUGACUGCUUUUGGUCUAAGUCGUCUGAUGGGACUGUCUACGUACCUUACACAAUUUCAUCAGCCUUCAAUGAUGUACAGAGGUCUACAAUUCUUGAUGCCAUGAAAACGUUUGCCUCCGAAACUUGUGUUCAGUUUAUCCCUCAAACUAAUGAAGUGGACUAUGUCUCCAUUGAAUCUGAUGUGGGGUGUUACGCAUACAUUGGGAAAAUAGGAGGUGCGCAGACCGUUUCUCUGGAUGUGAAUGGCUGCGUGUAUAAUGGAGUGAUCCAGCAUGAGCUGAACCAUGCUCUUGGGUUUGUUCAUGAGCACACCCGCAGUGACAGAGAUCUGUAUGUGGAGAUCAUUUGGGAGUACAUCUCAGAGGAUGAAGUCCAAAACUUUGAAAAACAGGACACCAACAACCUUGGAACACCUUAUGACUACAGCUCAGUUAUGCAUUAUAGCAAUUACGCUUUUACCAAUGUCAGUGGAAUGGCAACUAUUGUGCCCAUCCCUGAUCCGACAGUCCCUAUUGGGCAAAGACAAGGACUGAGUCCCAUCGACAUUGAAAGGAUCAAUCUUCUUUACACAUGCAAUAUUAUUUCUGGGCCAACUCAAAUUCUGUUAACUGGUGCCUCAGGGACCUUUACGUCUCCCAACUACCCUUCCCCAUAUCCAAAUAAUGCAAACUAUGUCUACCUGAUACAAAUACCAAGCGGACAGAUCAGGCUGCAGUUCAAUAGUUUCAAUAUCCAGAGCACCCCAAAAUGUUCAGGUGACUACAUUAAAGUCUAUGAUGGUUACACUAAGAGCUCCCCAGUUCUUCUAGAUAAAACCUGUGGUGCUGGACCCAUUCCCACUGUAACUAGUAGCGGCAGUUCACUGUUAGUGGAGUUUGUCACUGAUGCUGCAGGCACUGCACCUGGCUUCACUGCAUCCUACACUACUAGUAAGUCAUGAUUUGUUGUUUUUUCUUUAUUUAUUUUUUGUUCACAUGCCAGCUCUUUUGACCUGCUUUUCUGUUCCUUUUCUUUCUGUCCAGUUUCUGCAGGCCCAACUCAAGUUCGGCUGAUGAGUGCUUCAGGGACCUUCACUUCUCCAAAAUACCCUUCCCCAUACCCAAUAAAUACAAACUAUGUCUACUUGAUUAAAAUUCC